CUUCAGUUAUUUCUCGGCUGUUAGACAGCAAUUUACACUACGGUGCCGCUACUUAUACUUCCAUAAUAAUAACAACCUACAUUAUUUACUCAAGUCGUCAUUAUUUAUAUUUGUGGAUUAAAUCAUUUAAUAAAUGAAUACUGUCUUCGAAUAUAAUUAAGAAAACAAAUUUUUGAAAAGUUUUUUUUUAAACUUGAUGUGAGUGAUGUCAUAGUGGAUGGUUGUUUUUUUUUUAUUUUUAACUGAUUAUUUUUGGUACUUGGUUGGAAAUUUUGUAAAACGAGGAAUAUUUGAAAAAUUAAAGGACUGAUAACCCGGCACUCAAAAAGAGGGAGCUAAUUGUUAUUAUUUUUGUGGAAGACGCAAAAAAAAAAAGAUUCAAGCCAUCAGUCGUCUGUCAACCAGAGACGGAGGACAAUUUCAAUUUUAUAAAAAAAAAAUAUAACUUUUUUUCUGUUACAAUAAAUUUGGAUUUAAUAACUUUCGGAUUAACUUGGAAUUCAACUGCAGAUAAAAUGGACAAUUCAUUGUUGGCUGAUAAGCCGACUUUAGUUCGACGUGUUUCUGAUUUAUUAAAAGAUGGAAGCCAAAGUACGCCAUUGCUCUUCAACAACCCAUCGAUUCAAAAACUACGUCACUGUUGCCAAAAUCUUAAUCUCUUCCCCUACUUGCUCUAUUCGCUUGGGAAUUCAAAAACAACAAACCCCGAAAAAUUUACAUUAACUCAACUAAUCCGACGAUUUUCUGAAAAAAUAUUUCCUCUUUACGCCAACGUCCACUCUUCCAUACGUCAAAAAACUCCUCAUCACACGCAUAACCUAAAAACUACAUCGGAAAUUUCACCGGAAAAUUUACCCAGCAAACUUACUCACGAAUAUUUUGAGAAAAAUUCCAUCAGGCGGGCAGUUAAAAGACAGCGCUCAUUAUUAUUAACUUACUCUAUUUAUCUGACUCAAAUAAUUCUCGUAACUCAAUUACUAACAUUAUUGAGUCUUAUGUUUUUUGGUAAAUUUUCACCGGGUUUUAUAUUUUUAUUUACCACAUUAUUAUUACUCUGCUCUAUAACCAUUAAAAUUUUCUUUGCCGAAAAUAUUUCCCCGAGGAGAAGAUUAAAUCGAAGUAAGCAGAAAGUUGAUUAAAAAAAAAUUUGUCAAGAUCAUUUAAUUUAUAAAAAAAUUUAUAUUUUAUAAUAUACUUUUCAUUCAUAAAAAAACAUUUUUUUUGCAUCAUUCAUCAUUAAAAAUCAUUAUAUUUUUUACAAUUAUUUAAUUAUUAAACAUUAAAUCGCAAUUAUUUAUAAAUAAACUCAUUAUUUAAAAACAAAAUGUAUAAUAGUGAAAAAAAAAUUUUUUCUUAAAUAGAUUUACCGCUCAUAUAUUAGAGGUUAUGACAGUAAGUCACUCUAAACAUAUAUAAAUUUCGUAAUUACAAUAAUUAUAAUUAUUAAUGUUAUUGUUAUUAUUUUUUUAUGUUUGUAUAACAUUUUUGUGUAUAGUAUAAGAAAUAUAUAAUAUAAGAAGUAUAAUAAUUAUCAAUACAUUUAGCUACAGUGAGAUAAUGGCAGAUUAUUAUUAUAUUUAUUAUAUUGUUAUGUACCGCAUAAGACUGAAAAUUAUUUUGUAAAUAGGCGAUCAAUACUAAGUAUAAAUAAGUA